GGUAACUCCAGCAGCGAGGCUGAUUCUAGAAUUUGAGGCCAUCGUCUCUCUCUCUCUAGAUUUGAGGGGUGCAUUGUGCAGAGGUCUGCAUUCUCUUUCAUGGGGUCUAUCCUCGGCGACUUGCCGUCGUUCGAUCCUCACAACUUUAGCCACUUCAGGCCAUCCGAUCCCUCCAACCCUUCUAAAAUGACGCCUACGACCUAUCAUCCCACCCACAGCCGGACUAUACCACCACCUGAUCAAGUGAUAACUACUGAAGCCAAAAAUAUUCUGAUAAGAAAUUUCUAUCGGCGUGCCGAAGAAAAGAUGAGACCAAAACGAGCUGCCUCUGAAUUUCUUACACAAGAAUCAGGAUGCAAGCAACCAAGGGCUUCCAUGACCACCUCAGAUACCCCAUAACGAGCUUCUGCAUCGGGGUUUGCGACAUGAGAAGUUCAGGAGUCUCCACUCAUUGAGUAUAGAUAUACCGCUGUAAUAUCAGACUGGUCUGUGGGCUUUGCAUCUGCCUAUUAUUGGUAUGUGGUUGCUCAUCUUGUGUCUGUUAUUUGGUGAUGCUAGUUGGCUGUCAUUUGGGACAUGCACAGCCUCUCCCCACAUGUACAUUGGAAAUAAUUUAUCCCUGAUUUUUAUGAUCUCACU